CCAUAAGUAGCCCGUCCCCGUGACGGCUCUGGCGCUGCCGGCACGGCCCCGCGGUGCCAUGGCGGAGAUGCUGCCGGCAUGGGUGGCCACAGGCACCGCCGAGGGGACCGAGCCCGAUGGGGAUGCAGUCCGGAUGCUCAACACCCUGCAGACCAACGCCAGCUACUUGGAGCAGGUGAAGCGGGAGCGUGGUGACCCCCAGGUCCAGUUGGAAGCCAUGCGGGGAUUUUUGGAGAGGAGCGGGCUGAAGGUCGAGGACCUGGAUCGACUGAACAUCAUCCACGUCACAGGGACGAAGGGCAAGGGCUCAGCAUGCGCCUUCACUGAGCACAUCCUGCGCAACUACGGGCUGAAGACAGGCUUUUACAGCUCCCCUCACCUGGUGCAGGUGCGCGAGCGGAUCCGCAUCAAUGGGCAGCCCAUCAGCAAGGACCUCUUCAACAAGUACUUCUGGCUGGUCUACAACCGCCUGGAGGAGACCAAGGACCCGGUGCACGCCAGCAUGCCGGCGUAUUUCCGCUUCCUCACCAUCAUGGCCUUCCAUGUCUUCCUGCAGGAGAAGGUGGAUCUGGCAGUGGUGGAGGUUGGCAUUGGUGGCGCCUAUGACUGCACUAACAUCAUCAGGGCACCAGUGGUGUGUGGGGUCUCCGCCCUGGGCAUCGACCACACCAGCAUCCUGGGAGACACCAUGGAGAAGAUUGCCUGGCAGAAGGGCGGCAUUUUUAAGCCUGGCGUGCCGGCGUUCACCGUGGCACAGCCGGAGCGGCCACUGGAGGUGCUGAGGGAGCGAGCCCAGGAGAGGAAGUGUCCCCUCUACCUGUGCCCGGAGCUGGAUGAAUUUGAGGAGGGCUGCCAGGCGCUGGAGCUGGGGCUGGCAGGUUCCCACCAACGCUCCAACGCCGCCCUGGCCCUGCAGCUGGCGCGGACGUGGCUGCAGCGCCGCGGCUACCAGGGUCUUGGGGAGCUGAAGGAAGUGCCGCCGAGCACUGAGCUGGUGGGGAGGCCGGUGCCGCUGGCGCCUGCCUUCCGCCCCACCGACGCCAUGAUCCAAGGCCUGCGGGACACAGAGUGGCUGGGCCGGACCCAGGUGCUGUCCCACGGCCCUGUGACGUGGUACCUGGACGGAGCUCACACCACCAGCAGCAUCCAGGCCUGUGUCCGCUGGUUCCGCCAGGCUGCCCUCAACCAGGAAAAACUCCACGACGGCUCCGAGGUGCGUGUGCUGCUCUUCAACGCCACGGGGGACCGGGACACGGCGGCGCUGCUCAAGCUGCUGCUGCCCUGUCACUUUGACUACGCUGUCUUCUGCCCCAACUUCACGGAGGUGUCAGCGGCCAACAACGCGGACCAGCAAAACUUCAACGUGACGCUGGAGAACGCCCUGACUCGCUGCCUGGAGAACCAGCAGACGUGGACCCGACUGCUGGAGGAGAAAGGGGGGCAGGACCCCUGGCUCCCAGCUCCCCUGCGGGUGGGGGGGCUGCUGCAACCAACCCCUGCCCGGGGCUCCCUGCUCCUCGUGCCCCCAGCCCCACGACCCCUCAACUCCUCAGCCCUCGUGUUCCCGUGCCUGGCCCAGGCACUGCAGUGGGUGGCACAGGGCCGGGACCCCCAUCUGGCAGCCCCUGCUGCCUCGGGGGCUCACGCCCACCCUGCUGCCAGCAGCGGGGCCGUGCUGCUGCGGGAGGCGGCCGCCGUCCGCGUCCUGGUCACUGGCAGCCUGCACUUGGUAGGGGGGGCCCUGCGACUGCUCGACCCUGCGCUCUCCCAGUAACUGGGGGACGGGGCUUUGCACUUGGUUUUACUUGAAGCAGCAGUUCUGCCCCCAGUGAUGCUUGGAGGCAUCCGGGGGGGGCACGUGGGACCCCCUCGCCCCAUCCCGGCUUCGCUGUUUUCACCCCAGUGCCUUUCGCCUGUGCCCUCCUGGGGACACUGCCCGUGUGGGGGCUGCUCCUGGCCCACAUUCCACUCUUGGUGAGACUGACUGGGGGUCCCCUGGGUCUGGGGGGGCUGCCCCAGGCUGUGCUGGGGUCCCAGUGCCCAGGGGACGGUUAGGGAGGGUGGUAGGUGGGAGCCUCAAGCUGUGGCGAGGCUCAGUAUCAGGGCAAGACUAAUUUAACAUAGGGGAGAUUUUUAUUAUUAUUAAUAACAGUUUGUAACUUGUAUGGGGAGCUGGGGGGUUGUGGUGGGUUCUGCCCAUCGCCCUGUGGGAGGGCAGCAGCCUCGCACCCCCCCACUCUGAAUAAACCUCUUGCUGCUCCCA